GCGCAAUCAAUCACGACGUUCGUGUAUAUCUGGUGCACAGACACCCGUCCGACGGGUUUUAGUCCGGCACGCUACGUGGUGACACGAGACCCGCGCAAUAUUGGUAAAAAUCGAACUCCCGUCGAAACGUUUCGAGUUGUUCCCGAACAAGUGCACUCGUGUACGACGUUCGACGCGGUCUUGGCUUUUCGCAAUCGAAAAUUCCCUACCGCUGUACAGAAUACCGCCGACGACACUCAGGGCCACACGUACAGCACGCACGGAUCAUGGCGGAAAUCAAAAGGUCACCGGUGGUGUACACGUACGGUCGGGAGGGUCGCGACGCAUGUUGGGCCGCCCUUACGAAUUCGUGGAACGAGCUGGCAAGACUGCAAAACAAAAGAAGUUCAUCGGUGGACGAGUUGAAGGCGUGGGCGAGGGCGCAACCGGAGGGGACGAACGUGAUCGACUCGACGACGCGCACGACAACCACCGCGGAGCCGGAGACGGCCGUUGUGGCGGAAACGGCCGCAGUGGAGAUGGCCACCACGCCGCCGCCGAUGCCGAUGAUGCGUUCGCCGCCAAAGCUCGAGCGUCGCGUGGCCGGCGGCAGCUACCAUCGCCGCCAUUCCUACGAUUGGGACACACCGCAAGGCGGCCACGGCGCGGACGGUUUCCUGCCGUUCGAUCUGGACAAGUCCGUCUUGGUGCGGUCGUCCGAUCGGGGACACCUGGCCGACAGCUGCGGCAACCAUGACUUCUGGCUAAAGUUCGGAUGCGACGACGACGAACCGGACCCGAAGCAGAUGUCACCACCGCCGAGCUAUGCGGACGAAUACGGGUCGGACCGUUCGCGACCGUCGACGCCCUCGUCCCUUCCGUCCGCCGUCGCGAUCGAGGAGGAAGAGACGAUGUCCGCGGGCGAGCACGAAGCGAUGACCGCCGUCGCAUUAGCGAUCGUGGAUGAACCGACUGUAACAGCGGUGGCAGAGGACGAACCGACUAUAACAGCGGUAUCCGAGGACGAACCUACUGUAACAGCGAUGGCCGAGGACAAAGGAGCUACGGACGAUGUGUCAACACUGUUGCCACAUCAUCGCACCGGCGGAGACGAAGCGCACGACGACGAACAGGCCACAUGCUCACAGCCAUGGGCCACGGAGCGCCGCGAGGCGAAGAUCAAAGAGGUCGACGACACGAUCCUCUCUUACUCGAAAUCGCUGCUGAUCUCGGUGCUGGUGGUCGUGUUGAUUCGCAUCUUUUUCUAACACCGCCGCGGUCGCACGAGCACGAUUUUCCAGGCUUUCCGGCACGUGUUCGAUUUUCAAAAUGAGACGUGUUUUUUUUUUUUUUUUGAAAAUCGAACGCCGUAAAUAAACCUUCCGUCAACCUCUCGAAAACCGUACUCGUGCCACACACGAGGAUUAAAGUAACAGUACCCGAAAAGAGCGAAAAAACUCGCACCGCUUGCGCACGCUCUACAGCCCUAGCCGCCGUGUCCAUCGAUGUGAAUUUUUUUUCUCCUUUCUUCCCCCCCCCGGAAACGUUCAAUUCGUAUUCCAUACCGUUACUCCUAACCCCAUUUUUUUCUCUCACCAUAUUCGUUCAAUUAUUUCCGUACGCGUCACUCGGGCAUUAUUUUUAAAAUCAUUAUGUAUCAAUUAUUGUUUAUCACUUUAUUAUCGUAUCAAUUAUUAUUUAUCACUUUUCCAAUCGUCCGCGUUCACCGCCGCCGUCCGAAAACCGUUCCUUUGACCGUCGCUGUCGUACGAUUAUUGUUACCACACAAUCAUCAUUAUUAUUGCCGUCGUUCUUUACCAUUUUUUUCAUUUAUUUAUUCGUUUUUCAUUUAUUUUUGCGGAAU